AUGGAAAAUACUUCAAAAGUUCAACAUCUCGAUGGAAAUAGGAAAAAGAAGAAAAAAACAUUGAAACAUCUUACAAUACUGAACAGUUCGAGAGCCAAUAAAAAUAAGGAACAUAUCCCAUCAAUUUACGAAGUAACUAUUGAUUUGCUAGUCUUGAUUGCAAUUAUUGUUAUAGUAGUAGCAGUUAUUUAUUUUUACAAAGUGUUUAAAGACUCUUCGCAAAAUGAGUUAGGAGCAGAUUCUCCUACUCUGAUAUCGUCUUCGGGAGGUCCCCAUUCAUUCCCUAGACCCCCUUUCCAAUUCGAAGGAAAUCCACCCGCAGACUUUCCACCGCCGCCAUCUUAUAGUAGUUUGUUCGGUCCGGAUGCAACUCCUCAGCCGAGUUAUACGUAUGGACCUCCACCACCUUAUACACCAUGA